AUGGAUGCCCCCAAUGUUGAACUCCUGGCCGCAUUCGCAUCACUCUAUACAACCGGCAAAUACUCUGAUCUCACAAUCAAAUCAAAUAGCAGAACAUUUGCAGUCCAUAAAGUAGUCAUCUGUUCGAGAUCCGAGUUCUUUGACGGCGCAUGUAGCCAUCCUUUCCGAGAAGCGGCAACAGGCAUCAUCGAUCUCUCAGAAGACGACGACGAAACUGUUGAGCACAUGAUUCAUUAUUUUUACUAUUUGGAUUACCUUUCAAAGCCCAAAAGUCGCCGCACAUCUCGACCUUCGUCUCCAGUCGUAACAAGAAGCCAUUCGAGGCGGGUGGCGCAGCGUCCCAUGAAGUUCAACUUAGCCCUGGUCGAGGAUCCUCUGCUAGCGCAAGCUCAAACCGCGACAACUACCGAAACCCUGGCUCAAUCACCGAUGACGCCACCUACCUCAGCGUACGAUCGGUCUCUGGAUUACUUCAAGACCGUUGAAUCGGAAUUCCCACCGCGCGAUCACUUUAGAGGUGACGUUGGUGAUGAUGACGACAGCUCAUCUUCUAGUGAGAGUGAACACGAGGAAAGCGAUUGCGACGCUACCCAACCGCUCCUUGUAAUUCAUGCCAAGGUGUACGCAAUCGCAGAAAAUUCCAAAGCUUUUCGAAUAAUUUUCUUUUCGCAUGCACUGUUUACCCUUGUUUACUCCAAUUAUGCAAUACACUACUCUUACCCUGCCAUUCACAUUGCACCACAAGAACCCUGCGCGUUGCCCCCGCAAUCAGAAUGCUUCCUCUACUUCUACUGCAUCGCACUACUGCAAGACGAGGCGUCUAACAUGUCAUUUGCAUACAGAUACGGCAUCACCGGAUUGAAAGCGCUAGCUAAGAGAAAAUAUGCCACCCAAUUGGAAGAACACUGGAGCAGCCCGGAAUUUGCGGAUUCGAUUCAGGAAGUUUACGAGGCCACUGUAGACAGCGACAGAGGCUUGCGCGACCUUGUCAUUCACGCCUUCCGCGAGCAUCCGCAGCUAGCUCGCAGUAAGGAUGUCGAAUUCAUCGUCAGAGACACGCCUGGUAUUGCUUGGGAGUUGUUUAGGCUCGGCUGGGGCAUGCCUGUUUAUUGA